CACUCUGCGGCUGCUGGUCGCUGUCAUCAUGCAGGUGGAAUCUGCGCAAUGUGGCUCAGUUUAGGGAUCUCCAUCAGGACACAUCAGCCUCCACCGGCCCACAGACACACCGGACACCGGAGAUCACACUGGGAAGGAAGCAAUCACCGACCCACGGAAAAUAAACUAAUAAAUUAGAAUUUUUUUUGUCUUGGCUUCACCAAUUUGACACCAGAUGAAAAUACAAAAUUCCUCUAAGCAUGCUGCUGGAAUAACCACACGCUGUCCUGUUGAUGCUGUCAGAUUGUUUUGCUCUCCUGGUGCAGUCUAACUCAGCUGGAGUCGUAUGAUGCCACACAAUCCUAUAGGAAGUGACUCCUUCAUCUUGACAGACAAACAGUUCCCAAGAAACGAAAAGGACGCAAUCUUUGUCCUGCGGUUCUUUUCGGCUUGAACGAACACGGACACGAUGGAUGAAGGCACUGCCAGCGAGACCAUCCCAGAUCUGAAAGACAUAGAGGUGAAAAUCGGCCGGAAGACCCCCGAGGGUUUGCUCAGGUGGAUGCGGGAAGAUGCGUCCUCUCUCCGGGGAGACGCCAAGCUGAGCACCGCGAACGACACCAGUAAGGAGACGGGGAGGAAGAGUUUGGAUGAAAAGAUCAGGAAACUGAAGAUGGAGAUGGCUCACUUGCGCUCAGUGGAUGUGAAGAUCUUGCAGCAGUUGCUGGCCGUCCAUGAAGGCAUCGAGGCAGUAAAGUGGUUGCUGGAAGAGCGCAGCACACUGACAAGCCGCUGCAGCAGCCUAACCAGCAGCCAGUACAGCCUGGGUGAGGGUCCUGACACCUCCUGGAGAGGCUCCUGGAGCAGCCUGCAGGACCCCAAUGACAAGCUAGACAACAUCUCAAUCGGCAGCUACCUGGACACCCUAGCGGAUGACAUGGACGAGUACUGCCCCUCCAGCUCGGAGUCAGUCAUCUGCUCCACCACACCGCUGGUCUCAGAGGCUACAGCUGGGGGCCGGACAGGGGGAGGCACUGGGGCUACGGUCACGGCAGCUGGAACAGGAGCUGGGGUAGGGGUGAGGUCUGGUACUGGGGCUGGAAGUGGUAUUCGGUCUGGGGCAAAUGAAAAUGGAACUGGGGUUGGAAAUGGGAUGGAGGUGAAAGGUGGACCAGGGACUGGGGUCACCAGUGCUAUCACUGGGACUGGGAGUGCUGGGACUGGAACUGGGAAACCAGCUGUCAGCUCUCAAGCCAAGUCUGAUGGCCCCAAGCAAGAUGCACCGGUCUGGACCACAGCUGCAGAGACGGGUAAAGGAAGCCCUGUUUCUAAGGGCAACACCCAGACACAAGCUGUUAAGGUUAAUGGCGUCCUGGAGAAACCAACCAUGCAAACAGGCAGUCCGACUCGCCCCAGCCUCAACGAGAAACUAGGAACCACCCAGAGCCCCAAACUUAAACCGUACAAAAAUGGAAAGAUCGACUUGGAUACUUGCAAAAUGAAUAGCAAAAUGCAUCUGGAGUACGACACGCACUGGCGGUGGGUGCAGUCGCAAGAAGAUGUGACGUUUUUGUAAGAAGGAUAAUAACAUAGGGGACUAAAGCCACUAUUGAACACUCCCUCUGUAACAUCAAAGACCAGAUCACUGAAGGACAGAAGAAGAGCGAACUGCUGUAGUGAAAUGCACAUAGUGAAGCUUUCCUUCGACACUGGGUUUGAAAGACAAACAAUAACUGUUUUUGUCCUGUUGUUCCCCCCUGUGACUGCACUAACUUUCUAUAAAACAUUGAUGUCAGUAUUAAGGUGGAUGCACAUUACAGGAUUUUGACCACAUUUAGCCAAACUGGGCUGCCUCAAACAAACUUAGGAAAGUCAUUUUUAAAAUCCUGUGUCAUAGUUUUUCUCAGGGUCUUUCUUGGCAUUCCCUGAUUUUUCUCUUUUUUUCUGUUUUCUUUUCUAAAGCACAGUGAGACGAUCUGCCAGAGAGCUGAAACAUGAUUUCAGAUUGCUUGACAUCAUUCAUCAACCAAUGUAAUUUAGAGGAUUUUAAUUAAAGUUUGAUCUCAUCCAGAAAAAUAAACCAAAAUUCCUCUGCUUACACUGAAUCCAUAAUUAAAACCCAAGGUCAAAAUAAAGACCUCUUAAAGAAUAUCUGCUCUGGGAUAUCCUUAAUUACUUCAUUUGUCCUAUGCUAGGCACUCUACAAUCAUUGACCUUUAACUCCACUACUAACAGCACUGAUAGAGCCUAUUGUACUGCAUUUAGUAGAAGACCAAAGUUUUCCCCUAUCAACCUACAAAUUAAAUUUAUUGUAUAACCCUGUUGACUUAGACAAUAUAACUGAACGCUUAAUGGUUGGAGACAGUAUUAAACAUAAGUAUCAAACACCUUUUGAUAAAAUCUGUAAGUGUGUUUCUCCCCGAACUCGUAGCUUACCUGAACAAAAAGUAGAGGAUAUGAAAAUAGAACACUGAGGUUAGUCAAAGUUUCCCUUAUUGAGAAAUAAUGUACCCACUGUUAGCAUUUGUGUCUUUGUGGAGCUAAUACCCAACCAUCUGCAAUAUUGUAUAUUCACUGAAUCGCAAUACAGCUACUCUGUGCAUCAGGUACUAGUCGUGACUGAUUGUAGGCAAAUACUGAAUAUGGCUAAAAUGUUCUCCCUUUUUUUUACCAAUGUGGUAACGUGUUAGUUUUUAUAAGCAGAUGUUGUGCCUGAUUGGUGUAAACCUUAACUACAUAUGCCUGUACUUUCCCUCCUGAUACGACUGCACUGUUGUUAUGAUAAUCUGAGUUUUUUGACUGAUUUUAUUGGUAUUAUUGUUGUCUCUUCGCCUGGCCUCUGCUUGCGUGUACAAAUGGCUAGACCAACAAUCUGUGUGCUCUCACCAUGUGAGUGUUGACUGGUAAAUGUGUUAUGUUGGCUGGGUGGAUCAUUGUGCAUGCCCUGUGCUGCAAGCUUUAUUGGUUAAAUCGUGAGAAAUGCGUGGAAGACCUAACACAAUCAGAGAAGAAAAGCAAUAUCUCUUGAAGCCUUUCUACUGGCUUACAUAAGCAGCCUCUUUCAGCAAAUGAAAUCUAAUAUUAUUGUCUGUUCUUCAGGAGUUUCCAAGACUACUGACAGGGAGAGGAUGUGUGUGUAUGUUUGUGUGUGUGAGAGAGAGAGAGAGAGAGACAGAUGCCGACUGGCUGCCUGAGCACAGCUGGCCUGUCAAGGUUUGGAUAAGAAUAGAUGAGUCCCAAAGGUUUUUAAGAGUUUUCAGCUCAUUCAUCACAGCGGUACUCCAUCUCCUACCAGUCUGCAGUUAGUCAUGUUGAUGCUGCAGGGAUAGUGCAACACAUUUUACAUAAUCAGUACAAAAGUAUUUAUCCUACAGUAUACUUUGUGACAAAAAGAAAGCUUCUCGUAAAAUGUUCGUCUUACCCUCUGUCCUCCCUUAUAUGACCUUCUGAAAAAGCCGACAUUUGACUCAGUGUUAAGUAACACUGUGCCCUUCGGUACCCCUGUCAAAUCACUGCAGGGCUCAAAUUCUAAAAAUGUCCUUUUAAAGAUGGGUAUGUUUGAAACUUUUCAAAACUAGUGCUGAUAUAACGCCUCCUAAAAGUGCGGGUUCUAGUUUUUCAUACAUUUCAUGCACUGUAAGGGCACAGUCACAUGCUCGCAAAUUCACCUCUUUACUUCACUUGGAGUUUAGUGAACCAAUAUCAACCAAUAUCUAAGAAGGACCGUAUGUGCUUGCCUCGGCCAUAACAAAGAUACAUUUUUCCAAGUGUAUUCGAACCACCAAACUGACAGUUUGCUAAGCCCCAACCUCAUUGAUGCUACACCUGUCAAGCUUUUUGUUUUUGCAUGGCACAUAUGCAGUUAAUAACGGUAACAUAGCAGAUUUACAACUUUUUUAAACAAUGGGUCCUUGUUUUCAGAAAGAGGUAGACAGAACCUUCUCAUUUCAAGCCAGAAACCGCUGACUUUGCCAUCUAAAAUGACAGUAUAAACCAUACUGUAGCUAGCGAUAAUCGAUGGCCUUGAGGAUUAAUCAAUGGUUUGGCAAACGUAAUCUGCUAUCAGGUCACAUUGGCUAGAGUUGCUAGAGUGUAAACUUCUCCAAAUCCCAUAAAGUGCUAAUGAUUGAGUUUGGAAUGGUUUAAACACACUGUUUUCCACCUUUACACAUAUUACUCUGACUACAGCCCUGUUUACACCGCUUAAACACAUGGAGAAAUCCUUAGCUUGACAGGCUUGUCGUUCAGGAGAUGGUUUCAGCAAACUGUCAAUCAAUGGACGGUGGCUCUUUCACUCUAUGUAAAGAGUUACUGUUAACUGCUUGCUUUAAUAUAUAAUGCAAAUAGUUGUUAUGCCAUUAACUUGAAGUCAGCCAGUCCAGUCAAUCAAUUCACUUUCUGCUAGGUCUCCCUGUAAAGAAAAUCCUUUAUAGGCAGCACUGAGAUGUUAAACUCAGCAUCUCCAUUUGUUUGAGCCACUGAAGUGUUUCCUCUCUCCUACUCCUGCCUUUCUUUUCAUCCUACUUUCCACCACCACACUGGUUCGAUGGAAAUAUUCAGUCUGUGCCAACACACACAUCAUGCACACACAAUGCCCUCUCGCCUGAGACAGCACCAUAAAGCCAGCACCACAGAAACAGCGACUGUAGGCCAGUCCUGGAGACAGGAAAGGAAAACUGUGCUCAGACUGGACCUUGAACUCUUGGACGAGUUGGAACAUAAAAAAUCUGUCCCCCUGUUUUUCUUUCCCUCUAAAUCUCUUUUAAUACAAAAAAAGAGCAUCUAUCCAUCACUGGAUACGUAUUUCAACCAUGGUAUAUUAUCCAGCCACAGUAUAGACAUGAAGUCAUUUAAAACCUCCUUCCUUUUUUAACAUAUGUGUUGGCUGUAAAGCAAUACAGUAUGCCAAAGAGACAGCCUGCUCUACUAGUUUGUGGUUUUCUUUCCAAAUUACCGAGCCAUAUGGGGGGAAAAAAUACAUUUUAGUGCAGGGAACAAACCUGUAAAACACAUUACAUCAAGCUAUAGUGUGUCUCUCUGAAUCUAUACUGUAGCCCAAGAUGUUGUAAUGUGUUUUCACUGAGAACAUCCAGUUUAAAAUUGGAAUAUGAACAUUGUUUUAAACCGCUCACUGGCAGAGAUUUAAUGGGUGUAGGUGCCAGGAGAAAUGGCUUGUGGCCUCAUUGUUUUUGAAAGAGGGAUAAUAACUGCUGUGUGCAUGGAUAAGAAUGGAAGUGUGACUAACUGGCAAGCUUGUGGAAAAUACCUUUCAGUCAAAGCUGAAAGCUUCUCUUCACUUUCCAGAAUUUUCAGAGGGUAUGGAUUCAAAAACAACCUGGCAGACUUGCUCCCUAAAAUCCUCUUGUUCUAUCCUUUUAUGAUGUCCAGGAUUUAUCAGAUGUCCAGUGCGUGAUGUGUUUGCCAUGGCUUCAGGUGCCAGGCACCCUCCAGCUAUUCUGGGCACUAGACAAACAGCAUGAUUACAUAGAUGAGUGGAUAUCCACACAGUUGCCAUGACAAUGAGGCCAAGGAGGCUUCAGCUCUAGUGGCUACAUAAAACAAUGUUGACUGCAGUGCCAGUUGCAAUAUAGCAGUACUGUUUGAAUGAUGGCAGGUGAGAUGAAGGAGAUGAUAAGAUGACUUAUGAUGAGUCAGAAUACCAAGCAUUACAAUGAUGUUUAACACCUUUAUAGGUAAUUUGUGAUGAAUCCUGUUUACAUUUUCUUCCUAAUAAGGUUGAUUAAAUUUCAUAUGUACUGAUGGUUUAUAGAUCAAGAAUAAUAAAGAAGCAGACAACUUAUUAACAUUUUUAACUGCAGACUUGAUUAUUAAAUCCCUUUUAUUUUAUUUUUUUAAUAUUAUUUUUCAGCUUGUUGGUCUUUAUUUGGUGGUACAGCGUAGGCAGUGAGCUACCGGGGUGCGCUUAAACCCUUUUUAUUAAAGACUUAUUAACAUUUACAACUGUAGACUUGAUGGUUUUUUUAGAGCAUCACCAAAUACAAUGGAUAAACACCAACCAAUGCAAGCACUUGUAAAUGAAUGACUUAUUAAUCAUUAUAAGGCCACUACUUACAAUUUAUACAUAAUUCAUUAAGGGUGACUGAGGAAAAGAUUUCUUCCAAAAUCUAUUUAAUUUCAGUGAUGCUUUCCUGGUUAAAUAAAUAACUCACAUGAAUAAAUAUAUAAGUCCAAAGUUAAAUAAGACAUGUGUAAAACAAAUGCUUACCUUUCUUGUCCAGGUGCUCUAGAAAGCUGUACUCCAGAUGUCUGCUUCUCAAUGACUUGCAACACUGCUUUUAAGCUUUUCUGUGUUUUUACAUUAGGAAUUUGGUCUUUUCUGUUCCUUCCUAAUGUAAUAAAAUAUCAAAUUAAAGGGACUGAUUAGCAACAUUAAAAUGGUGAGAGGCAGAAAUCAUCAGAAGCUACCCAAGGUAUCGAUUUUGUGUCCUUCUUUUCUCAUUCCCCACUACUCUGUUCGCAUUAGUACACAGCUCAGGCACUCUCUCUCUUUGAGCUACCUGAAAUGCUGUCAGGAGGUAUUUGCCUGUAAGUUUUGGACAUUUUUGAGAAGCUAAAAAGACUGGUUGUGUCUCCCUAGAGGCAGAAUAGAGUGAUAAACCACGAGCUGAGAAGUGUAACACACAGCAUGCAGUUAAGAGGAAGCUUCCACUCCUCCGGUGUCCUGCUGUUUUCUUCCUUCUUCUUUUACAUACACAAAUACACACACACACAAGCACAAUUUAUCCCGGGACUGACGUGGGUCUCUAGGUACCUGACAGCUCCUCAGAGAGAACCAUUAAGCAUUUCCUUUCCUUGACUCUUAUUUAUACUUUAUCCCUGUGUGUGUGUUUUGUUCACAUCCCCACACAACUGCUUAAAGAAAUGAAAGUGAAUUGAAAUAAACCCCGCUGAGGGCACACUGGGCUCUGAAACGGGCCCAAAACUUAACUUGGGCAACACAAAGCUUAGAGGAUUGAAAGAUAAAAGCCACAAAGACCGACUGCAGUUCACUGGAUCAGUCGAAUCAAUAUCUUGCUUGAGUGAGUGAAAUUGUUUUUAUUUCCAUGGUACGAUGCAUUUUUAUUAUUUUGUUAUGCAAUGUGUCCAGAGAAAAAUGUUAUUUUUUUCUUUGUAAAGUGGAAAUGUUCAAAAAUAACUAAUUAUGUUCAUUAAUGUAGAAAACUAUAUUAUGCAGUAUGUAAAUUAUAUGAGC